AUGUCAGAUUUUCGAGUUACUAAACCAAAAUUCUUUGCAACAACAAAGAAAGGCGAAAAUUAUGAACUUCGUGCUGACCUUAAUAGUGAAUAUCGUGAUCGUCGAAAAGAUGCAAUUAAAAAAGUCAUUGCAAAUAUGACAGUUGGAAAGGAUGUUUCGGGAUUAUUUCCGGAUGUUCUGAAAAAUAUGCAAACUGAGGAUUUAGAGCAAAAGAAAUUGGUAUAUUUGUAUUUAAUGAAUUACGCCAAAACUCAACCCGAAUUGGUAAUUUUAGCGGUCAAUACUUUUGUAAAGGAUACUGAUGAUACCAAUCCAUUGAUAAGGGCGUUGGCUAUUCGUACAAUGGGAUGUAUUCGUGAUGAUAACCCUUAUGUUCGAAAAACUGCUGCAAUAUGUGUAGCAAAGUUGUAUGAAUUAAACCCAGAACUAGCCAUUGAAAAUGGAUUUGUUGCUGUGUUGCAGGAUUUGGUUUCAGACGCGAAUCCUAUGGUGGUAGCAAAUGCUGUAACAGCACUUGCAGAAAUAAACGAAACAUCUACGACAAAAGACAUUUUUAUAAUUAAUCCAUCAACACUUUCAAAACUUUUGGUAGCAUUAAAUGAAUGCACAGAAUGGGGUCGUAUAGCAAUUCUGACAGCAUUAGGGGAUUAUCGACCUGCAGACUCAAAAGAGGCUGAACAUAUUGUUGAACGUGUAAUUCCACAAUUUCAACAUGUUAAUGGCAGCGUAGUAUUAUCCGCAAUUAAGGUGAUAAUGAUUUACAUGAGGAUCAUCAAAAAUGAUGAAAUGAUACGUCAACUUGUUAGGAAAAUGGCACCACCUCUAGUUACUUUAUUAGCUUCUGCACCAGAAGUCCAAUACGUUGCACUACGAAAUAUCAAUCUUAUUUUACAAAAACGUUCUGAUAUUUUGCAAAACGAAAUGAGAGUUUUCUUUUGUAAAUAUAAUGAUCCACCGUAUGUGAAAUUAGAAAAGCUUGAAAUUAUGAUCAAAUUAGCUAAUGACAAGAAUGUGGACCAACUUUUAUCAGAACUAAAAGAAUAUGCAUCUGAAGUUGAUGUGGACUUUGUUAGGAAAUCUGUUCGCGCAAUUGGACAAUGCGCGAUAAAGAUUGAUGAAGCGUCUGAAAGAUGUGUUAAUGUUUUAUUGGAUUUAAUUAAUACCAAAGUGAAUUAUGUAGUUCAGGAGGCUAUCAUUGUUAUCAAGGAUAUUUUCCGAAAAUAUCCAAACAAAUACGAAGGAAUUAUCCCUGCAUUAUGUCAGAAUUUAGAUGCUUUGGAUGAACCAGAAGCCAAAGCGUCACUUAUUUGGAUCAUAGGAGAAUAUGCCGAGAGGAUUGAAAAUGCAGACGAAUUAAUCGUUACAUUUUUGGAUACGUUUAGAGAUGAAAAUUCCCAGCCGCAGGUAACACAAAAUGUUGUUCAGCGGGUGCUGCAAAUUGCCACUUCAGAAUGCGAUAAUCCAGAUAUUCGAGAUCGGGCAUAUGUUUAUUGGAGGUUACUGUCAACAGAUCCCCAGGCUGCUAAGGCUGUUGUGUUGUCAGAUAAACCAGUAAUAUCCAUAGAGGGUAAUACUUUGAACGGUCCACUUUUGGAAGAACUUAUUAGUAAUAUUUCAUCUCUUGCUAGUGUUUAUCAUAAACCUCCCGAAACAUUUCUUGGAAGAGGAAGAUUUGGAGCAGAUGCCGUACAACGACGAGCUAUCGAGGAGCAAGAGGAAGCCUCUCGAGAAUCACCAAUUCAAGCUCAAGUUAAAACUAAUAUCGAGAACUUAUUGGAUCUUGAUUUUAACGAUAAUUCCACACCAAAUUCUAAUACGCCGCCUCCUCCUCCUGCUACUUCAUCUAAAUCAACUAAUGCUACUGCUAACGUAGAUGAUUUAUUGGACUUAUUUGAUAAUAGCAGUAUAAGUAAUAAUAAUCCAUCUACACCUCCUCAAUCUUCAUCGACUAAUCACCAAAAUAAUGGAAUAGCCAAUGAUUUGGUUAGCUUAUUUUAA